GCUUUUAUUACCUCUCCCACCCCUCUUCUUCACCUUCCCACCACUUCAAUUUUCUUUCAGUAGCUUAAAGAAUCUUUUGAAGGCUACAAAGAAAAACAAUCCUUACAACACACACCAAAAAUCUUGAUAAGAAAAAUCGAGUUCAGUCCUAAAUAAAUUUAAAUUUUUAAUCUUUGUUGGUGCAUGUUUGUGUUUCCAUGGCUAGCUACAACCAAGCUCACAUCUCUGCUUCUUCCUACAACAAUGGCGCCUCUGUGCAUGGAGAGUGGGGUAUACCAAUAUUUAAGCAUCAGAAGACCAUUUCCAUGAAUUGGACUACUGAGGAGCAUGCCUUCUUGGUGGAUUAUUUGGCCCAAAAUGGCAGGGACUCAUCCGUGUUCGAUUAUGCAAACAUCGCUGUGCUGCUAAAGACCAAGACUGUUCGAGAUGUGGCUUUGCGCUGCAGAUGGAUAGCUCGAACUGGAGUGACUCAUUCGACUCUGCAGAAGAAGGGAAUCAGCAAGAGAUGGAAGGACGAUCUCAGUGUAAGGAAUAGCAAAGAACGAAGGGAAAACUUCAUUCACUCUACUGUAAGGCCUUCUCGAUUGUCCAUCCAAUCGGGUGCAUCUCAAGCUGCGGGAAACAUCCCAGAAAAUGAUUUAGCUGGAGCCACUAAGCAGCUUCUUCUGGAAAAUGCGUUGGCUUUGAAACAAAUAUCGAAAAAUCAUUCGACUCUUCAGCUACGCCAAAACAUUGGGCUUCUGAGUCAAGCUCGAGAAAACAUCUCUAAAAUCUUAACCAACUUGGCCGAGAUGGGGCCAGCGAUGAAGAAAAUGGCUGAGCUACCUAAGCUGGACGAAGAGCUGGCGAACUCCAUCCUUUCUUCGCCAAACUUCCCUAUCCAACUGUGAUCGAUCAUCGAGAAAGCUGCACAUUGCUGAUGCUCGAGAUUAAAAAGAUGGAUUGAUAGACUUGCAUCUUUCCUAUCAUGUUUAUCAGCAGAGGUAAUUACUAUUUGAGAUCUGAAUGUGUUGGAAAAUGGUGGAACAAAAUCUCUCAAAGCAUCUUGUUGAACUUUGAAAUAUUGAGUCGAGACUACAUGGUGCAACAAGCAAGCAUCAUGAAAAUAUUUGGUUGGAUUUUAAGAAUUUUAUUUUGUUUGAUGUUGUUUAAUACAUUGAAUUUGUCUAUGUUCGGAGACUACUUCAUUACAUAAUUUCAAAAAAUAUGAAAAACAUGUUAAUUCGUUUGUC